UUCAUAUCACCUCAAUAAAAUUCUUAUAGACUUCAUUUUUUCCCUUUAAUUAAUAAAUAUUUGACCCACCUCAAAACCCGAAAUUUCCCCUUUCUCUCUUGAGAGAAGGUAGCAGCAAAGAACAUAAAAGGAAAACCCUGAAAUUCGAUCUUUUAGCAUUUUUUUUGGCUCGAAACCAAGUGGGGAGAAGAAAAAGGGGAGAAAAAUGGGUUUCACUUCAUUUGUUGGACGAGUUUUCUUUGCUUCUAUUUUCAUUCUCUCCGCUUGGCAAAUGUUCAAUGAAUUUGGGGUUGAUGGCGGGCCUGCAGCGAAGGAGUUGACACCAAAGCUUGAUCUUGCUAAGAAACAUAUAUCUUCUCAACUCCACGUAAAUUUGCCAGAUAUUGAAGUUAGACAAUUAGCUGCAACUGCAAUCGCCUUAAAGGGUCUUGGUGCUAUUCUAUUUGUAUUUGGCCAUGGCUUUGGAGCCUUCCUCCUGUUUGUGUACUUGCUGGUUAGCACUCCUCUCCUGUAUGACUUUUACAACUAUGGUCCCAAAGAGCCCCAAUACUCUGUUCUGCUCAGUGAUUUCUUGCAGUGUGUUGCACAAUGCGGUGCAUUAAUUUUCUUCUGGGGGAUGAAGAACUCGAUACCAAAGAGGCAACUAAAGAAGAAGGUUACAAAGCCAAAAGCUGCUUAGAUAUAUUGAAAAAGGUAGCUGGUGAAGAUUGGAAAGUUCUUCAACACUUCAUAUUGAAAUGAUGUCAAGUAGUUGCUGUGCAACACCAGAUAAUAUUUUGCAGAUCUAAUCAAAUGCUGAUUGUUUCCAAAUUUAAGGAGUUGCUAAGUUUUUGUUAGUUUUUUUACUGAAACAUUUGAAAACUUUAAUCAUUGUCCCCUUUUUUAUUUUCUAUGACAAUAUGAUUUUGAGUUCAAAGUCUAGGGUUUUUAUGAAUACUUCUAUUUCCUGGUUUAGACUCC